CGAACAAACUUUCGCUUUCAAUUUUGUUACGAACAUGUAGGCUAUGGCUUCUAGUUCAGGGAACAGAGGACUGCAAAGACAACACAAAGAUCUCCCAGACCAGGAAGCCAAUAACAUGAGUGUUCAAAGAGGAUGUGGAAGUCUACCUUUUGAGCGGCCUAAUUUGAGUGAUUUGAGGAUUGUUCUGCUGGGGAAGAAUAUAACAGAAAACAACAGAGUGGGAAACUUCAUCUUAGGAAGAGCAGCUUUUGAGAGUGAAGCACCUGCUGAUGUAGAGCUGAACAUUGAGAAACACAGAGGAAAACUGAAGGACAGAGACGUCACAGUCAUCAACACUCCUCACCUGCUGAGGCCAAAUCUGUCAAUCACUCAGAUCACACUGGGAGUGAAAGAGUGUGUGAAUCUGUCUGCUCCUGGACCUCACGUGAUCAUACUUGUACUGCAGGAGAACGACUUCAGUGAUAAUAACAGACACAGAGUGAAAUAUGUGCUGAAUGAAUUCAGUAAGGAGGCUCCUAUACACACUAUAGUGUUGACUGAUGAGAGAGAGAUAAACAGUAGCUGUAUUCAUCAAUUAAUAAAGGAGUGUGGAAGUGAACAUCUUCAGUUUGAUGAAAGAAAAUCAGGAUUGCACUCUGAGAUACUUGAAAGAGUGGAGAAGAUACUCAAAGAAAACCAGGUCCAGUUUCUUAUCUCUGACUUGUAUGAGGAAGCAGGAGAAGAAACACCAGAAGAUGGAGAGAAGAGGAAAUCUGGAGGUUCAGUCACAGCAGAAGAAGAGGGAGAUUUUGAUCAUGAAGAUGAUGGAAAAAUCAAACAGAGAAACAAAGAGAAAAAGGAAGUCGCUGUCCAGAGGGAAACCUUGUUCAUGGCAUCCUCCAGUGUUCCAGCACUAAAUGAGGAGCUCCAGUGCUCCAUCUGUCUGGAACUGUUCACUGAUCCAGUCACCACUCCAUGUGGACACAACUUCUGCAGAACCUGCCUGAGCAAGUGCUGGACAAACAGAAAGAUCGGCUUCUGUCCACUCUGUAAAAAAGAAUUCAGCAAAAGACUUGAUUUCAAGAUUAAUUCAACACUUGGAAAGCUUGUGCAACACUUUAAUAAGCUUAAUCAAGAAUCUAAAGUGUUCUGUGACUUCUGUGAUGAAAGAAAGCAGAAAGCUGUGAAGUCCUGCCUGACGUGCCAAAGCUCUUACUGUGUCUCUCAUCUGGAGCUUCAUCUCAGAGUCCCACGUCUGAAGAAACACACACUGAUCAACGCUGUGGAAAAUCUGGAGGAUUAUAUAUGCCAGAAACAUGAGAGACCUCUGGAGAUGUUCUGCAGAGAUGAUCAGACGUGUGUUUGUCUGUUCUGCACUGAAGGAGAACACAGGACUUACAACACUGUUCCUAUAGAGGAGGAGAGUCCAGAGAAGAAGAUACAGACAGAUGAGCAGCAGAUGAUCCAGAAGAGAAUGAAGAAGAUUCAAGAGAUCAAACACUCAGUAAAGCCGAGAAAAACUCUCACCUCCAAUGAUGGUUUCCUUACUUCAUCUCGAACCGUCCACAUUUCAAACGGGAUGAUUAUUGGUCUGGGUGUCCUGUUGAUAGCAGUGUUGAUCAUCUUACCUACACAAUACACUAGAUAUCAGUCUGAGCAGCUUAAGAUGAAGAAACAGGCUGAAGAUCUCAAUAAAGAGCUGAAGAUGAUGGAGGAACAGCAGAAAGCAGCAGAGAAACAGGCUGAAGAUCUCAUUAAAGAGCUGAAGAUGAUGGAGAAACAGCAGAAAGCAGCAGAGAAACAGGCUGAAGAUCUCAAUAAAGAGCUGAAGAUGACGGAGGAACAGCAGAAAGCAGCAGAGAAACAGGCUGAAGAUCUCAUUAAAGAGCUGAAGAUGAUGGAGGAACAGCAGAAAGCAGCAGAGAAACAGGCUGAAGAUCUCAAUAAAGAGCUGAAGAUGAUGGAGGAACAGCAGAAAGCAGCAGAGAAACAGGCUGAAGAUCUCAAUAAAGAGCUGAAGAUGAUGGAGGAACAGCAGAAAGCAGCAGAGAAACAGGCUGAAGAUCUCAAUAAAGAGCUGAAGAUGAUGGAGGAACAGCAGAAAGCAGCAGAGAAACAGGCUGAAGAUCUCAAUAAAGAGCUGCAGCAGGAAAUCACUGAGCUGAAAAGUAGAAACACUGAGCUGGAGCAGAUCUCACACACUGACGAUCAUUUCCAUGUCAUACAGAUGUUCUCAUCCCUGAACAGUAUUUUACACAACAAGAACUCUGAUGUGGACGAGAAAUCUCUGAAAAGAGCUCUGAAUCUACUGAAUAAACAACUAAAUGAAAAACUCAUUCAAACUGAGUUGAAGUUUGUGCAGAAGUUUGCAGUGGAUGUGACUCUGGAUCCUGAUACAGCUUAUCCAUAUCUCAUCCUGUCUGAUGAUGGAAAACAAGUCAGUGAUGGAGACAUUAAGCAGAACGUCCCAAAAACACCAAAGAGAUUUGAUAUGGGUCCUUGUGUUCUGGCAAAGCAGGGAUUCAGUUCAGGGAGAUUUUACUAUGAGGUGCAGGUGAAGGGAAAGCUUAAGUGGGGUUUAGGAGUGGCCAGAGAAUCCAUUAACAGGAAGGUGAAGAUCACAUUGACUCCUGAGAAUGGAUACUGGACUGUGUUUCUGAGGAAUGAGAAUCAAUAUGUAGCUUGUGAUAAUCCAUCUGUCUCUUUAUCUCUGAGAGUGAAACCUGAGAAGGUGGGAGUGUUUGUGGAUUAUGAGGAGGGUCUGGUCUCUUUUUAUGACGUGGACUCCAGAUCUCAUAUCUACUCUUUCACUGGUCAGACUUUCACUGAGAAACUUUAUCCAUUUUUUAGCCCAUACCCUAAUGAUAAAGGUAAAAACUCAAACCCACUGAUCAUCACACCUGUCAACUGAAUCGCAUAAGAAACAUCAUAUCUGAAAAGAUUUACUAUGAAUAUGAUGUUUUCAGAAUAUAUAAAUAGAAA